AGAAAUUCCUGUUUUUAUUUUUCUCUUGCGCGGAACUUUGUUUUUUACCCAUAAAUAUUCCGUAACAUGCCCAAAAUGUAUAACCAUAUUGUUGUGAAUUUUUACAAAAUAUUUCUGUACAAUUAACCCAGAUAUACCGCAAAGAUACACAGCAAAUACUCGACAAAUAAGACACGUUUAAUGUCACUUGUUGUAGCUACUCUGUACAUUUUGCUAGCGUUAUCAUUAUCCUUCAGAUUAUACUCUGAUGACACUUGUAUCAUUAUAGUGCAUAGUUUUAGAAGUAUUUUUUUUUUAAUGUUUUUAGCUGUAUUUGUUUAGUCCUGUGUCAUUAUUUACAUGUAUUCAUGCUGAGCUCCUGUCUGCAGGUAUCACAUUAAUAGGUGUGUUAGUGUCAUAGACUGUAUAUCUAUAUCUAGUACACGGCGUUGCAGCUGGGGAAUAUAUUCCGCUGUAAACAGAGCACAGUGCCCUCUCUCUCUCUCUCUCUCUCUCCUCCCUCUCUGUCUAUCCAUCCUUCUGUCCUCACUGCAGUCUGCAUACAGUGCCACACUGCUGCUGCUGCUGCUGCUGCUGCUGCCUCUGCUGCUGGAGCUGCUCCUACACAUAAAGAUGAAAUAGGCAACACUGAAGGACAGAGUCAAGAGGAGGAGAGGACUUUCUGUGGACAGCUGUAGCUGCUGAGGAGGUGUGUGGGCUGGAGCGGAGAGGGAGAAAGGUUGAGUGGCAGUGGUAUGAGGAGAGAAAGGGGUGCAGAAGAGGAAACACAGACGGAAAUACACUGCAGUAGAAUGAGAGCCAGGGCCAAGACGCACAUGAGCUGCCAUCCUUCCCCGCUCCCCUCCGGAUCCUCGCAGUCCCCUUUGUGAAGAGGCACAGCAGCACGCCACCGUGGAGCCCAGAAGGAGAAGGAGGAGGGGGGCCGAGGAGGAUGAAGCCAGAGGUUCGACACACAAGAUGGCUGCUGUGUCCUCUGCUUCUGACACUGAAUCCCGAGGGCGGCAUCCACCUGAGCGCCGCCUGCUGAUUCUCGGGGGGCCUCGGUCGGGAAAAACCACCACUGCCAACACCAUCUUAGGGGAGGAGGCCUUCGACGCUGGUGUGGAGACUACACACAGUAACGUGGGCCAGACCGAGAUCUACGGCCGGCGCGUCACUGUGGUAGACACUCCUGCUUGGGCCAUUCCCAGAGAUGUAGAAGAGGAAGAAGAGGAGGAAGAUGAGGACACAGAGACAGAUGACAAUGAUAACGCAGGCGCUGAAUCGGACAGUCCCAGGAGACCCCCUCCCAGCCUGGACAGUGAGGGGCCGAGUAUGGGGGCGAUCCUGUGUCCCCCCGGGCCCCAUGCCAUCCUGCUGGUGGUGUCUGUGGCCCAGCCUUUCACAGAUGUGCACCGGAGGGCAGCGGAGGAGCAGCUUGGGGCUCUGGGAGGAGGCACAUGGCGCUACUCCAUGGUGGUCUUUACCUGUGUGGACAAGCUGCCCAAAGGAGUCUUCAUCGAGGAGCACAUAGCCAACACUGGGGAGGCCCUGCAGUGGCUGGUGGAGAGAUGUGGGAGCAGAUAUCAUGCUUUUGAUAACACCCGUAAGAACACAGAGGACAACACACAAGUGCCAGAGCUGAUGGAAAAAGUAGAGGAGAUGAUCACGGACAACCAAGGCUGGUACUUCGAAGUGAACGAAUUGAUUUUACUGGAAGAAGAGCAGGCCCGGAGAGCUCUGGAGGAGGAGAGGAUGAGGAUGGAGGAGCAUGCUCGGCAGAGGGAGCAGAUGAUUGGAGGACCACCCCGAGAGCUGCGGCUGCUGUUGUUGGGUUGGAAAGGUGUGGGCAAGAGCUCAGUGGGGAACUCCAUCCUCGGACGCCGCUACUUUGAGUCGGGACAGGAGACAGAGCUUUGCCUCCGCAGACAGGCCCUUGUGUUUGGACGCCGUGUGACUAUAGUAGACACCCCGGGGUGGGACUGGUUCUCUGUGAGACGGACCCCUAAGCGUAUCCGUCAGGAGUCCCAGCGAGGGGCGGCCCUGCUCCGGCCUGGGCCCCACACGCUGCUGCUGGUCCUGCCCGUGGUCUCAUCCCUCACAGCCCGGAAGAGACGCACCCUCCUGGCCCACAUAGACACUCUGUUUGGGGAGGGGGCCUGCCUGCACACCAUGGUUCUGUUCAGCUGUGGGGACUGGCUGGGACGCACGCCUAUAGAAGAGCACAUCCUGCGAGGUGGACGGGAACUGCAGCGCCUCCUAGAGUACUGUGGCAACUAUUACCACGUGCUGGACAGUAAGACGCCAGGCAAGGACCGCAGUGUGGCAGUGCUGCUGGAUAAAAUCGAGGAGAUGAUCAGAGAGAAUGGGGACAAGGCUUUCCUACCCAUCCAGACUGAGUGGCUGAGCGAGGAGAGCUCCUACUCGUCGGACAACACUGAGCCAGAGGACGACUGCAGAGGAUGCCAGCUACAGUGACUCAUAUGUUUGAAAAGGAAUUCACUAAUGAUAUCACCUCAUGUUAACCUCAUCGAUUUUACAAGCAAAAAGACAGCGCCCUAAAAGACUUUAAACAGCAAACCAAAACCACCGUUUACUGAAAUAAAAGCUGUACCGGGGAUUUCUAAGUGCACAUAAAAUUAAUCUAAAGGGGGAAGACUGCCUCACAUCUGCUUGAGGGAGCGGAGACACGUCCCAUUUCAUGAGCAUGUUCAAAACUACAAGUGCUGCUAUAGAGACCCUGUUUCAACACUGCAGAGUAAACAGCCACUCAUCAUCCUAACAAGCGGACAAGCUUUCUACUCCAAAGAGAAAGUCCCAUAGUGUUUGAGCUAAGGUAAUCGUGGUGCAGUAAGUUUGUAUUUCCUGGUAUUUAUACAUCUUGUACCAUUAGCUUCGUGGUUAGUGAAUUGUAUAUUUUGCAAGUAUACCUCUUAGUUUAUAUUUUUAAAUAGGCUUCAAAGCAAAAUGCUCAGAGUGAAAGUGUUUUUAAAUCUGAUUAGUUUUGUGUGAGUUCUUUAGUGUGUAGAAAAUUUAAGAGAAUAAUCUAUUUGCACUCACAUUUCUUUCAACAGACUUCAGCACACAGAACAUAGGACAUCUUCAGCGAUGUACAGAAUUUACCUUCUGCUAACUUUUAAUGAUCCACUGCUCAGGGAGUCGGCAGGGGCUGAAUUGAUUCCUCUAGGGCAAAAUCUGGCACACUUACAAAAAUGCUGAGUAGUGCUGAGAGGAAAACUGCAGAUGCAAGUUACUGUGAGUGAACCAGCUUUACUUUGACGCAGAAGCCUAUUUGCACUUUGGUUGUAAUCAACUCUUUUCAUCUUAAAACUGUUUAAACAUUUUUGGUUUUUCAAUCAACUUGCCAAAUAAUUUACAGUUAUGUUUGCUGAAACAAAUGACAAAUGAGCAAAAAGGCUGUUUUGAGACUGUGCCGGCCUCAGAUUGGAAUUGCUCUGCUGCACUGUUCGUGUGGUCAUGCUUUCAUUACAUUUAUUGACAAGUAGAUUCAGCAACGUGCCUCAGCAUUAAAAGUGUACGACUUCUCUCAGCGACAUCAAGCUUUAGCGUGCUGCAGAAACAAGAUAAAACCUCAUCAGCCAUUCAAGCUCACUACCGGGGAACUUACUAUGCCACUGACACUGUUGUAUGACUAAACAUGGAUACAUUUCACAGGCAUGUUUGUACAUCGCAUGCAGUGAAAAGAGUGCCUCAAUACAAAUGAAAAGGCAACCUCAUUUCUUACUCUUGCCCAGCUCACACAUCUGUGUACCUCUAACAGCAAAAAACACCAGAGUGAAAAGUCUACAUUUUACUUCGAAUGGUAGACAGUAAUGUCCAACACCACUGCCAAGCAGUUGUAUUUGUUUUAUAAAAAUGAGUAGCAAAUACUGACCGACAGUGCUCCAUCUAGUGGCUUAGGCAACUGCAGCACUUCCUGGUGUGUGGAGCAUGACUUUCACAUCUGAAGACACAUCAGUUGUUGGAGUUGUAGAGUUCCUCUCACAUAUGUUGUAUUUUGCAGUUUAGUAGAAUAACAGUGUAAUUAAUGUUACAUUGUGAGCUUUUAGCAAGCACUGUGUAAGCUCCACCACUGUAGCCAAAAUGAUGUACUCUGUGUGGUCAAGUACUGUUCGUUCUAAUCUACAAUAAAGAAUAUGGAUAUAUUUCA